AUGUCUUACUUACAGCAGUGCAAGCAGCCCUGCCUGCCCCCCCCAGUCUGCGUGCAGAAGUGCUCCAAGUGUGUGGAGCCCUGCAAGACGGUCUGCGUGGAGCCCUGUGGGGAGGUCUGUGUGAAGCCCUGCCCUGUGCCAUGUGUGGAGGUCUGCCCGACACCCUGUGCCACCCAGUGCACCCAGUCCUGCAGCACCCAGUGCGUGGAGCCCUGUGCCCCCCGGUGCAUUGAUGUCUGUGUCAAGCCUUGUGCCACCCAGUGCCCCCAGUCCUGCGUCACCCAGUGCACCCAGUCCUGCAGCACCCAGUGCGUGGAGCCCUGUGCCCCCCGGUGCAUUGAUGUCUGUGUCAAGCCCUGUGCCACCCAGUGCCCAACCCAGUGUGUGGAGCCCUGCCCAGCCCCCUGUGUGGAGGUGUGUGCCACCAAGUGUGUUGACACCUGCGAGACCGUGUGCCUGGAGCCCUGCACCACCUGCUGCACCCGCCCCUGCUGA